UUCAUCUGUAAUGAUGAUGUGAGACCGAAACCACUAGCUAGCUAGCCUAGCUAAAGUAAAGAAGAACCGGUAAGACAUGGACGAAAAAAACAUGUGAUGGGGGGACAUAGUGAUGAUGGGCCUCUUUUUAGUUUUCAUGACUGUUCUCACCUGCUUGCUGUGAAGCAGCAGCUAAAUUCUCACUGAUGGCGUUAGCUUGUUAGCAUGCUAGGCUAACUCCAGUGGAUUCGUGUUUCCGUGUGAUUUGAUAUGGCAAAUUGGAAACUCCUCAACAAUCGCCACCGCUGGGAUUAUUUUCUAAUUUACACCUGCUUUAUAACACGCAACGGCUGUUAACAGGACCAGGCCUGUAGGUUUGUAAACUAGCCAUCACGUCUGCUGUUGAAGCCUUAGCUAACGCUGCUGCUAGAGAAACCGUCGGGCUAGAAUGGAGCCAGGUGGCUUGCGGGAGAGCCCUGCCGGGUCCGGGGAGUCUGAUGCGGGGGAUUGGAGGGAAGUUAUUCCCGGUGGGGACGGGGACGAGGAAGUCAAAGCUGCCGAAACCAGUGGAACAACACUAGAGACGCACAGGGACACCUGCAGGGACGGCGAAAGCGAAAAACAAAAAUGCGUGGGAGAGCAGCUGCAUAGUCCCUACGAGGAAGAACUGGACCCUCGGAUUCAGGAAGAGUUGGAGCACCUCAAUGAAGCCAGUGCAGAAAUCAACAGACUAGAGCUGCAACUGGAUGAUGCCAGAUCAGGGUACCGGAAGAUCCUAACAGAGUCUGCCAGGAAGCUGAAUGCUCAGAGCUCUCAGCUUGGUAGCUGCAUAGAGAAAGCAAGACCAUACUAUGAAGCUCGUCGCCUUGCAAAAGAGGCACAGCAGGAGACCCAGAAGGCAGCUUUGAGCUACGAAAGAGCGGUGUCUAUGCACACAGCUGCCAGGGAGAUGGUCUACGUGGCAGAGCAGGGUCUGAUGGCUGAUGGCAAGAACACCCUGGAUCCCACCUGGCAGGAGAUGCUCAACCACGCUACUUCCAAGGUGAACGAAGCUGAGGAGGAGCGACUCCGCAGUGAGCGGGAGCACAUGCGUGUUACACACGCCUGUCAGGAGGCUGAGGCUCGGGUCCAGAUGCUCCAAAAGUCCCUCAAGAGAGUCAUCCUGAAAUCCAAACCUUACUUUGAGCUCAAGGCCCAGUUCAACCACAUACUGGAGGAGCACAAGGUCAAAGUGCUGCAGCUGGAGCAGCACGUAUCCAAGGUGAAGACCCGCUACUCCAUCGCCCUGCGAAACUUGGAGCAAAUCAGCGAGCAGAUCCACGCUCAGAGGGGGAGGGACCAGGCCGAGGGAGGGUGUCCCACUGUGUGCGGUGGGCGGAGUCCCCCUGUUGGAGCUGAGUCCGACAUCAAAGUUCAGGAAGAAGGCGGAGCCUGCGGUGGUGGUGCGACUGGUAAAAAUCAAGUGGAUGCUGCCAUUGACCUGGUGGAGAAAUACAAGGAGAAGGAGAAUGAAAAGGAGAGGGAGCGAGCGGGAUCAGAUUCCCUCUCGGUCUUCAGCCUGCAGACCAUCGCUUCCGACUUGGAGAAAUAUGACUCCAUCGAGCACCUCGGGGACCUCAGCGAUGUGGGGAGCGUGACUGGGGAUGAGGGGGAGAAAGAGAGAAGCGGCAUGAUGGACAGAAGAGACAAGCUGACGGAAACAACCGCCAAAGAGCGUCAGCAGCAGUUCCACAAGCAGCACCACCGAAGCUUCAGUUUGUGAGGCUGUCAUACAGACAACUGCUAUAAACACUGCAAAAGUAAAAUGUGAGUUAUUUAAAAAAACUACAACUAUAAACUACAAAGUAUAAGACAGCGAAAUAGCUGCAAAUAUAAAACUGGAGAGUUGAAGUUGUAGGUGUAUGAUACAAUGUGUAAAUAAGCACACUUAUGUUGACUGACAACACAUUAUUGUAAAGCUGACACUGAUCACAGUUGACACUGCAGCCUAGUUAAAACACUACUGGAAUCUACACAGCUUACAUCCCUCCAGGAUACACCAAUCAGCCACAACACUGAAACCGGUUACUGGUUUUAAUGUUGUGGCUGAUGCGUGUAUGUAUACUGUAUAUUCACUCCCUCUGAGGGAUUCUGGGUAGAAUUUGUUCCUUGAGCAUGAAGGAGUAGUGAGGAACGAUCAACCCCGUCUGAACAGCGAGACUGGAAAAAACAAAAGCCUCCGCUGUUUUCUUUCCAGUCGUGUCGAGUCUUAUCAGCGAUUGCUUCAAGGUAGAGGGGUCACAGGGUCUCUCUAUACACACUGAGGUCCCCGCUCUUAUUCACCCUCAUCGAGUUAGUUUGCAGGGAAAAAUGACAAAAACGAUUCUGUCAGUGCAGAGUGAAAGCAUGUUUGGGUUCACAUUUCAUAUAUUUAUUUCCUCUAACAUGCCUCAAGUAGUGCUUGGGUUAUUUUUGGCACGAGAGAAUGCGUUUUUUGAGAAUUCCUGAAAUGAUGAAUAGAACAAAUGGUAGAGUCUGAAGACAAAAUAGACUCAGUUUGACUGUUUCCAUUCCAACAGCAUGCACUCCUAGUUAACUAUUUAAAAAAAGAAAAACAUGUAUGACAUUCAGGGCUAUAUACUGAAUCAAACACUUGACACAAUGAAGCUCAGCCAUGUUUUCUUUUUUUAUGUCAUUGUGCUGUAGUUUUUUUUGAUGUAAAAGCCUUUCCCAAAUUUAUAUUUUUUGGAUAUUGUUUACAUUUAGAUUUCUCUGGCAGAGAAUUAAUUUCCUUGUUGCCUUUUUUUUUUAAUUUACCCUUGUCGUAAUUUGAAGUGUGCCUUGACACAGAACAAGUAACCAAUUUAGCACGAGUAGUACUUUGUUGUAAACUCAUCUGUAGUUCUGUUUCGAACCAUUUAAAGAACCAGUGUGUGCCCUGUAUUGAUUUUUAACCAAUUUUAACAAUCUGACUCACCCAAACACCGAUUCGGAUGAGACUUGAAGUGCUAUGGGUUUUUUUUUUUUUGUAUUGAUUUCUGUAUUUUCUUCUUUUAUGAUAUUGUACUUUUAUUGUCAAAGUAUAUGAAGCAAAACAACAAAGUCAAGAAAUGACUUGUAAAUGUAUGUAAUUACUACAAAGCUGGAAGAUACUGACAUGUACAGUUACAUGUGUUGCUGAUUUGAAUAUUUGACAGUUAUGUUGUACAGAUGUUCUGGAUGACCCACAGUUUACCGUGUGUGUUUAAACCAUUAUUGCUGCAGUUUAUCGGAAACACCUCUCACCUUCACUUCUGUCUUAACGAUGGGUCUGCAGCCUUUUUGUGAAUUAGUCAUAAUGUCACUCACUGUUUCCAGUUUAUGCAUUGUCAUACCUAUAAUCAAUAAA